GGGGGAAAGAACCUCGCCGACUUCCGUAGUAAUUUCCUCGUCGGUCUUGUACUUGUGUCAUGGCUUCGCUCCGUAGUCGCAAAGAUGAAUCCGGCCACAGAAGCUCCCCAGCUCGAGUCCAGAAGGAAGCUUCCGGCGACUCUUCCACGGUGUUAAUGAAACUUUUGGCUGCGGGCUUUUACGGACUCAGCUCGUUUCUCAUCGUUGUGGUGAACAAAAGUGUCCUCACCAACUACAGGUACAAAGAUUUCCAUCAUCGACGUGUGUUGGAAUCGGACAGAUGUUGGCCACGAUCGUAGUCCUGAGGGCUGGGAAGGGUGUGGGUGUCAUCUCCUUCCCAGACAUGGAUCUUAGUGUGCCUCGCAAGAUGUUCCCGCUGCCUCUGCUGUACGUUGGGAAUCAGAUAUCAGGACUGUUCGGGACACAGCGACUCAAUUUGCCCAUGUUUACAGUUCUCAGGAGGUUCAGCAUUUUCCUCACCAUGGUGUUUGAAGGACUUCUGCUAAACAAAACCUUCUCUGCUCCCAUUAAGAUGACAGUGUUCACUAUGAUCUUUGGCGCUUUUAUCGCUGCGAGCGACGACUUGGCCUUCGAUCUGGAGGGAUACUUCUUUGUGAUGCUGAAUAAUGUUCUGACGGCAGCCGGCGGGGUGUAUACGAAGCAGAAACUUGACUCGAAGGAGCUUGGUAAAUACGGGCUGCUGUAUUACAACGCCCUGAUCAUGGUCAUACCCACGCUGCUGUACGCUCACUGCUCAGGAGACCUGCUGAUGGGGCUGGAGUAUAAAGGCUGGUCUGACCCCCUGUUUGUUGUGCAGUUUGUGCUCUCCUGUGUUAUGGGCUUCAUCCUGAUGUACUCCAUCUUGCUGUGCACACAGUGCAACUCGGCUCUCACCACCUCCAUCAUAGGUUGCAUUAAAAAUAUCCUCGUCACCUACAUCGGAAUGAUGUUCGGCGGAGACUACAUAUUCACCUGGACCAACUUUUUGGGUCUGAACAUCAGCAUCGCUGGUAGUCUGGUUUACUCCUACAUCACCUUCACACAGGAACACACACGUCAGAGUAGAAAAGUUGUAAGUCUUGGAGUAGCGUCAUGAUGCUGAAGAACCACCACGUGCUCUUUUUCUGUUUUAAAUCAACCAAGAAUUUUUAAUGAAACAAUAUCAGCCUUUUGUAAAUUUUUAUAUAAUAAAUGUAAUAUUUUAUCUCCUA